AUGGGUUGUUCAUAAGCUAAGGCCAGAUAGUCGAUAUCGCUCAAGCUUAUAUAGUUGAAAUCUGCUUAGAAUGAAGCUAUGAUUGAAUAAAAUCUCUAAAAGGACAAUACAAAAUUUAAUAUAACGAGGAAUCCUAUCAUCAAGAGAAGAGCGCAAAAGAAAAACAAGAUGUCCCAAACUACAGUCUGCACCCCAACUAUGAUUUCAUGA